CCGGUCCCGGUUCGAUCCCGGCCCGAUCCCGGUUCGAUCCCGGCCCGAUCCCGGUUCGGCUGCCCCGGGUCCAUGGAGCCGACCGAGGUGGAGUUCCUGGCCGAGAAGGAGCUGGUGACGAUCGUGCCCAACUUCAGCCUCGACCGGAUUCACCUCAUCGGGGGAGAUCUGGGUCCCUUCAAUCCUGGUUUGCCAGUGGAAGUGCCUGUGUGGUUGGCCAUUAAUCUGAAGCAGAGGCAGAAGUGUCGGCUCAUUCCCCCAGAAUGGAUGGAUGUUGGGAAACUGGAGGAAAUCCGGGAUCAGGAGCGGAAAGAGGACACCUUCACUCCAAUGCCCAGCCCCUACUACAUGGAGCUCACCAAGCUGCUGCUGAACUAUGCCUCUGACAACAUCCCGAGGGCGGACGAGAUCCGGACGCUGGUGAAGGACACGUGGGACACGCGCAUGGCCAAGCUGCGCCUGUCCGCCGACAGCUUCGUGCGGCAGCAGGAGGCUCACGCCAAGCUGGAUAACUUAACCCUGAUGGAGAUCAACACCACUGGGACUUUCCUCACCCAGGCCUUGGACCACAUGUACAAGCUCCGGACUAACCUCCAGCCUGGCGAGAGCUCCCACUCCCAGGAGUUCUGACGGGGAGCUGGGAAGGAGCUGGGAAGGAGCUGCUCAUGUGGGCAGCCCCACCUCCCUCAGGGACCUGCCCACCCUCACAGCUCCCCUCAGGCCCGGCUGGGGGUUGCUCUAGAGCUGCUGGAGCAUCCCCAGAGCCUCAGGGCAGGGGGCUUUUGCCCUCCCUCCCCCAGGGGUUUUUUUUACUCUCCCUCCUGGGGUUGUCCCCACCCUCCCUUGGAGCACUUUUGCCCCUAACCUCCCCACCUUUUUGUCAUCCCUCAAAAACAGCACCAGAUCCCCCAAAACACGACUUUAUUCAGAGCCCAGCCCUGUCCGUGUCCCCUUCCCUAUUUACAGCUCUGGGAUGUGGCACUGAGGGUGACACAGGGCACAGGGGACAUCAGUGCUGUGUCACUCUGUCCUGUCCCUGUGUCUUCCCCCUUGGAGUCACCAUGUCCUGUCCUUAUCCCAGUCCAGGUGCCCCCCAGCUUGGUGUCACCACAUCCCCUCACCUGUGGCACAACUCAUGUGACCCCAGCUGUGUCACCACAUCCUGCCCAUUAAACACUCCAUGUGUCCCCUGGCAUGGUGGCACCUUGUCCCCUGUUUGUGGCACAGUCCCUGCGUCCCCCAAGAGGGUGGCCCACUGUCCUU